AUGACUUCAUUGAUUUUGAUUUGUCACAAGGCCAAAAGACUUUGUGGAUGUCAUUUGUUUGUUGGAUGUUGGAUGUUGGAUGUUGGAUGUUGGAUGUUGGAUGUUGGAUGUUGGAUGUUGGAUGUUGGAUGUUGGAUGUUGGAUGUUGGAUCAUUCCACGUUCCUAUUCUUAUCUACUGA